AACCCUUUCCUCUUCCUCUUCUUCGAUUCCAUUUCACGAUCUGAUCUACGAUCUGAGCACCGGGACGAGGAAGGUCGGAAAGCUGUCGAUAAACUCGAGCUAAAGACUCGAAACCCUGACACGAUCAAUCAAGUCAAGAAGAAGCUGAUGGAGAAAGGCGUCCAAAGGAUGGAGAGGCACCCUUCCGACGGGACUAAGAUCAGGUGUCCGCCGCCGAAGUCAGGUCACGGCGGGAAGUACACGUGGGAGGGGGCAGCUCGGAUGGAGGAUUACGAGAUGCAGCCGGAUCCGUCGACGAUGGACGAAGGCGAUCUUAAUUACGAUGAGGAGAAGAUCGGGGGUGGUGGUGGUGAUGACAUGGCGGUGGAGGUUGGGAAAGGUGAGGUUGAGGUGGCGAAGGAGGCGCCGGGAGGUGUGGCUAGGGCGGAGGUUGAUCCUCGCUUGAUCAGUCUUCCUUGAGUUGCUAGGACAAGGGAGAAAGUGUUGGGGCGAAUUUGAGAAGGGAGUGAAACUUUGGGGGUUUGAUUUUUAAUUUGAGUUUGUGACAUUUUAACAUCAUACCCCAAAAUAAACAGAAAAAUAUCUCUCAUAGAUCGCAGAAGAAGAAAACAAAAUCAUGAUCGACCUCGGAGAAGAAGAAGAGAAUAAUCAAUGGCGGAUGCUUCCAAUGGGAGUGAGUAUUUCGACAUCGACGUCGAGACGGGAAGAAAAUCGUCCGCGCGGCCGUUGAAUGCUGAGACAGUGGAGCAGGAUGAAGAAGAUCUGAGAUUGGCUGCGAUCGGACGGUUACCGUCGCAGAGACAAGGGAGCCAUUUAGCGACUCUGCGUCGGUCGCAAACUUCUGGUUACGCAGACGGGAAUGUCGUGCAAACGAUUGACGUAAGGAAGCUUGAUCGUCCGGAUCGUGAGAUGGUUGUUCGUUAAGCUCUUGCCACUAGCGAUCAGGAUAAUUACAAGCUUCUCUCCGCUAUCAAGAAACGGCUCAAUAGUUGUUAUACUGCUGGAUCUGCUCAAAGUGCUCCCGUCGCUGAGAAUCAAUCCUCUCCUCGAAGACAUUAUGGCUGAUGAAAUGCCAGCAUUCCCAAGAUAACUUUUUUUUAUCUCCCGGUGGCUUUAUAUAAAUGAUUGCAAACAAGUAAAUAAUUUAAUUUAUAAGCUGUAAUAGUUAAUUGGAAAUAUGUUUGUUACUUCAUUGUCACUGGAUAAAUUUGAUAGGCAAAAAGAAGUGUCCACCUC